AUGUGGCUGGGCCCAGGUCUGCUCCUUCUCUGCCUGCGAGGCUGCUUCUCUCUGACGGGCCCUGGCUCAGUGUCUGGCUACGUGGGAGGCUCUCUCCAUGUGCAGUGUCAAUAUGGGGAGUCAUACAAGGACCACGUGAAAUACUGGUGUCGAGGACCGCACGACACGGAAUGCGAAACUCUUGUGGAAAUCAAAGGAAACGGGGAGGAAAAGAAGAAUGGCCGAGUGUCCAUCAGAGACCAUGCUGAGAACUUCACCGUGACGGUGACCAUGGAGGACCUCAGCCUAGAUGAUGCUGGAUCUUACUGGUGCAAGAUUCAGACUUUCUUUAUCUGGGAUUCGUGGUCACGUGACCCCGCGGUCCUUGUAAAGGUACAUGUUUUCCCAGCCCCAACUACCGUGGAGACCACACUGCCAGCUACAACUCCCAUCCUCCCACUAGUGAAUGCUGGAUACCUGAGGGUUAGCUUCAUUGAGGUGUUCCUCCUCCAAGUAUGGUCCCUGCUCAGCAGCAUCCACUUCCAGGUCCUGGUCUUCCUGAAGCUACCACUGCUUCUGAGCAUGCUCUGUGCUGUCUUCUGGGUGAACAGACUUCAGAAGAUCCCUGAGGGGAAUUUAGAAUGA